ACGGUUGGCUUUAAUAAUGAAUAAAAAAAAAUGGGGCCUGUCUAGGAAUUUGAAUUCCAGACAAAGCAAAAAAGCAAAGCAGACCUUUUCUUUAGGUGAACUUCUGUUCCUUCCCAUGAAAUCUGCAAUUCUUCAUGGUUCCUGGAAGCACAAGCAAUUAUCUAUUUCACACCUUUCCAAACCUUUAAACCCCCCAAUCCAAUCAUCCCAAAAUCUACUCACCAUAGUUGUUUGUUUUAAUCCCCCAAAGUUCUUUUUGUAUAUAUACACUUGUAUCAGUGUGUGUAUAUGCACAUGUAUUGUUUGAAAAAGAACCAAAAUUGGAUCUCUUGACUGUCUUUGGACAAUUCUUUUUAUGGGUUUAAUCAGAGUAUGCCUCUGUUUCCACUAUUAGCAUGUCUGCACUAUAGUUGUUUGUUUUAAUCCCUCAAAGAAGUUCUUUUUGUAUUUCUACACUUGUAUCUGUGUGAGUACAUACAUAUAUUGUUUCAAUAAGACCCAAAAUUGGAUCUCUUGAUUGUCUUUGGACAAUUCUUUUUAUGGGUUCAAUCAGAGUCUGCCUCUGUUUCCACCAUUAACAUGUCUGCACUAUAGUUGUUUGUUUUAAUACCCCCAAAAGAAGUUCUUUUUGUAUAUAUACAGUUGUAUCUGUGUGUGUAUGUACAUUUAUUGUUUGAAUUAGACCCAAAAAUGGAUUUCUUGAUUGUCUUUGGACAAUUCUUUUUAUGGGUUUAGAGUGAGUGAUGAUGUGUUCGGCAACUACUCGUAGCUCAUUGGAGCUUAUGCUGGAUUCAAUCCGGCAGAGGGAUGAGGACCCAUCUGAUGCGCCUCCGGCAUUGCCGGUUCGUCCGGUGUCGAGGGCUCGGUUGCCUCCAGCAAAAAGAGCAUUGCCGGUGAACUUUAAAAGGAAUGGUCUAAGGGAAAAUCCCAAAGAAAAUGAGGCUAGAAUGAAGAUUGGAUUAUUGGAUGUCAUGGAUGAUACAAGAGAAAGAGCACUGGAGAGGAUAUUGGAGAUUCAGAAAUACUUUCGUGGUCACCAAGCCCGCUGUUACUAUCUUGAGCUUAAAAGAGGAACAAUUACACUGCAAUCAUUUGUUCGUGGAGAAAACACGAGAAAGGAUUAUCAGGUAUUGACUAGAAGGCUGGCAUCUGUUACUGUGAUACAGCAGCAUACGAAAAGGUGGAUCGAAUGGAGAACAAUGCAAAAAAAGCAGAGAGCGGUCAUAUGUUUGCAAUCUGUGAUUCGUGGUUGGUUGACUCGAAGAGGUCUUAAUUCUAAGAGAAAUUCCAGAUUGCUUAGCAUUGAGCCUGUGGAAGAUAUGCGAAAACCAGAUUGGAGAAAUCCAGAAACAAAGGAUUAUAUUCAAGUUUCACCUUCAGCUCUUGCUGACCUUCAAAAGCGGCUCCUCAGGGCAGGCACAGAACUUGGGUUAAAGGAAGAAGAAAACACUGCUUUGCGACAACGACUUCAGCAAUUCAAUAUAAAGUGGUCACAGUAUGAGGCAAAGAUGAAAUCCAUGGAGAAGAUUUGGCAAGAUCAGUUGACAUCUUUGCAAAUGAGUCUAGCAGCAGCCAAUAAGAGUCUUGCUUCUGAAUACGCUGCAGAUCAACCUGGAACAUCUGAUCCUUUUCCUUUGUAUCAUUGUUAUGAUGCUGAUAAUACAAUGCCCGUGGGAACACAGAAUACUGAUGGAAGAAGCCCAGUAGAUUUUUCAAAAUUUCCUUGUGAUAAUGAACCACAGCAAACAAACAUCAGAAUAAAUGAAAUGAAUCGACUUAGUGAGCAGCAUAAAAAGGUGUUACAUGACAAUGCCAUCAUGAGUCCUGAUGAUGAACUUCAAAAACUGACAUUCAGGUUUGAAGCAUGGAAGAAAGACUAUAAAAUACGGUUACAGGAGACAAAGACAGCACUACAGAAGUUUUGCCACUCAGAAACAAAGAAGAGCCGCAAAAAAUGGUGGGGAAGAUGAAUGCAAAAUGGACAUUAAAAUUCGAUUCAUUUUUUAGCCUUUUGCUUUUGCAAGCCCGGGCAUGCCAAAAUUUCUAUUAAAAACAGAUUGGGAACAGAAGGAGAGCUGAUUUAUUAGCAGGAUAAGAGGAUAACAAAUUUCUGAUCUAGUUCUUAUCGGCCCAUAUGUGCGUGGCAACAUCCGUUGCUUGGGGAGAAAACAUGAUACACACUACUAGCAGAGCCCAUGAAGCCCAGAGAAAGCAGGUUCUUUCUCUUUAUACAAUUUCAAUGUGGGGUUUGUAAGUCUAUUGCUCUUGAGAAAAUGAGAAGGGAAUUGUUGCAGUUGUUGAAGAAUUUCUUGUUGGAAAUAUUGUUAGUUGUGACUUCAUACUAGUUUUUUACAUUAAAAAGAGUAUCUUACGAUUUCAAUUUUCAAUAACAUUUCAAUGCUUCCCAGGUACUUUUUUUUCCCCUUCACUUUUUAUGAAAAAAGAGAGUUCAUAAUGAGGCCUCUUCAUUUGGUUGAUAAAACUGAUAUUGGAUUUGUGAAGCCUGAUUAGUACUGUACACCUCAACAUGUGAUCGCGGAAUAUCCAAUUCUGUUGUAAGUACUAAGGGUGUUGUAAGUACUAAGGGUGUUACGACAAUCCAUUGAUGUAAACCCUAGCAUAUUUAUUGUUGUCUACACAAGCGGCCACAUUAUAAUCUUC